AUGACGAAUCAUUUUGUGUGGAUUGAGAGUACUGGCAUGUGGAAUUUCUUCAUGAACUACCCCAAGAACGAGUGCCAGGAGUACCAAGAUGUGGGCCUUACGGCAUGUGCGCCAUCGAUGUCUGGCCCAUAUGCAGGUGCUUGCAAGGGUUCGCCAAAGUCGCCACAAGAGUGGCCUAUCAUGGAUGCCUCAUUCGGUUGUGAGCGUCUCACAGCGCUGGAUUGCAAGAACAGGUCCGACGGGUUCAUGACCGUCACGCUUGCCGAGCUGCCAAAACUUCAUGCCAUCGUAUACGCAAACAUCAGCCAGGAUGAAUGCAGAGGUAGUUUGAAGAAAUGCUCGUGCCAGCCUAUGCCACGCCAACAUCAGUUGUGCAGGACUCGAUGCGUUAUUUGGGUGACGGAGCUCAUUGACCUGAGAAUGUCCUCUCAUCCUACACAGGAUAUCUUUGUCCGGCUUUAG